AAACCCGGACCGCGUACCCUUCUCCCAAAGCCAAAGGCACCCGCCGCCUCCUUCCAUCCUCCCCCCUGCCCAGGCCGCGAACCCUCCCAAACCCCCGGCCAAUCGAAACCCAAAACUCGACGGCGAACGCAAUGGAGCCACGCGGCUGUCGCCGGAAGCAGCAGGGGGUGGCGGAGGACAAGGAGAACACCGCCGGCACGGCGCCGCCGCCCCCCAAGAGGCCGCGCUGCACGGAGCGCAGGGCCCUUGCCGAGCUCCCCGCCGCAUCCACCGCGAACAACGCCUCGGCGGCGCCGACCGGGGCGCCGUCCAAGCCGAUGACGCGCGCGGCGGCCAGGGAGGCGGCCGCCGCGGCGGUGGAGGAGGAGGCGCGGAGGAGGGAGUGUUCCGCCAUUGCCGCCCGCCCGGCGGCCUCGAGGCAGACGGACGCCGGGGCGGCGCAGGCGUCGGUUGGCCCGUACGUCGCGGAUAUCGACGGUUACCUGCGGUCCCUGGAGGUUGAACAAUUGAGGAGGCCGAGGGAUGACUAUAUGGUGGCCAUGCAGAAAGACGUCAACGCCACUAUGAGGGGGAUCUUAGUAGAUUGGUUGGUGGAUGUGGUUGACGAGUUCAAGCUUCUGGUUGACACACUUUACAUUGCGGUUUCAUAUAUUGACCGCUUCCUCACGGCGAGUGUCAUUACCCGGGACAGGCUGCAAUUGCUUGGUGUCGCUUCAUUGUUUGUUGCUGCGAAGUACGAAGAGAUUCAUGUUCCUAAGUUGGACAAAUUCAGUGACAUUACUGACGGCACAUACACCAAUCAGCAGGUGGUGAAGAUGGAGGCUGACAUACUGAAAUAUCUCAACUUUCAGAUGGGGAGUCCCACCGUAAGAACUUUUCUAUUAAGAUUCCUAAUAUCUUGUCGUGGAGGCAAUUGUGCAAGUGCAAAAAGGUUGGAGCUUAUGUGCUGCUAUCUCGCGGAAUUGAGCUUGCUAGACUACGACUGCAUAAGGUUCCUGCCAUCAGUUAUUGCUGCUGCCUGUAUGUUCUUAGCCAGGUUCACAAUCAGCCCAAAGAUUCAUCCUUGGAACUUGACGCUGCAAGAGAAAACGGGCUACAAGGUCUCUGAUCUCAGGAGCUGCAUCCUGAGGAUACACGAUUUGCAGUUGGGCAGACAGUAUUCAAAUCUGAAGGCCAUCAGGAGCAAGUAUAGUGAGCGCAAGUUCGGGUGCGUGUCGAUGAUGGCCUCACCUGUAGAAAUUCCUGCAUCUCUCCUCGAAGACCUCGAUAAGUGAAAGGCUGACAACAUAAGAUGGAAGCAGGGAGCGGAUCCCUUAUUUUUGGUGCAAAGGGGGUUAAAAUGCUGAUUUGCUCAUGCAGCAUCUUUUGCAGGCUAAGGCAGAAAAUUCUAUCUAGCAAGAAUUUUUCAUGGCCACCUGUAGGUAGUUAGUCGUGCCAUUUUGGUUGCAUUUAUCAGUGCAGCCAUCUAGCUGUAUCUGUAAUCUGGUAUCAAGUGUGACCGGAAUGUUUUUGUACAGAGGUUAGCAUGUUGGUGGUGCCGUGGUCAAUGAUAAAAUUCAGCAUGAAAGCUUUCAGGCAA